AUUGACGAUACACUGGUUCUACAUAAGAACGAAUUUGGUUUCUGAGUUCAUAACUACCACAUUCAAACCAAAGAUUAGAACGCGGCCAGAAGUAGUAGCAGAAAUAAAAUAAGAAACAGUAAAAAAAUAUUGCUGUUUUCAACAAAAUUAGAGUUUCGUGUAACUACAUGCAAUUAGUGUCACGAAGCAACGUUGAACACCGCCAAAUAUGGAAAACGUGGUGAACACAUCCAUUCGUGGAAUGGUGGGAAUUACGCUUGAGUUUCGAGAAAGGUAUCUCCAUCAUGGAAUGUCACGGACGAGUGGAGUUAUACGUGUAGAGAGAGCAAGGAAGCCAUCAAUGGAGCAUGGCUUCAAAUUGGAUUGUAGUCAUCUCAACAAGCAACGAGGUUUGCCUUUGAAAGCUUCAACUGCUGAAUCAGAGGUCCAAAUUCAUACAACUCACGGAGAUACAAUGCUUGCAAAUUAUGUACCAGUUUAUGUGAUGCUCCCCCUGGGAGUUGUUUCAAAUGGCAAUGUCUUGCAAGACAAACUGAAACUGGAGUAUCAACUCAGAGAGUUACACGCAGCAGGUGUUGAUGGGGUUAUGGUUGAUGUCUGGUGGGGUAUAGUAGAAUCCAAGGGACCUCAGCAGUAUGAUUGGUCUGCUUACAGGUCCUUGUUUCAACUUGUUCAAGAUUGCAAAUUGAAGUUACAAGCCAUAAUGUCAUUCCACCAAUGCGGAGGCAACGUGGGAGAUUCUGUUAACAUCUCGCUCCCAACAUGGGUACUUCAGGUUGGAAAAUCAAACCCUGAUAUCUUUUACACCAACCGCAAAGGUAUCAGGGACAAGGAAUGUCUAUCCCUCGGAGUGGACAAUAAACCUUUGUUUUAUGGACGAACUCCCAUUGAGAUGUAUAGCGACUAUAUGAAGAGUUUCAGGGAGAAUAUGGCAGAUUUUUUAGAAUCUGAGCUCUUGAUAGACAUUGAAAUUGGACUUGGACCAGCGGGAGAACUCAGAUAUCCCUCUUACAUCGAAGCUCAGGGAUGGGUAUUUCCUGGUAUUGGAGAAUUUCAGUGCUAUGACAAAUAUCUCAAAGCUGAUUUCAAAGAAACUGCAGCAAGGGCUGGCCAUCCUGAAUGGGAGCUGCCAGAAAAUGCUGGGGAAUACAACGACACACCUGAGUCUACAGAAUUUUUCAGAUCAAACGGCACUUUCAAGACAGAGAAAGGGAAAUUUUUCCUGACAUGGUAUUCCAACAAGUUGCUGAUCCAUGGUGAUGACAUCCUGGAUGAAGCCAACAAAGUAUUCCUGGACUGUAAAGUGAAGCUAGCAGCAAAAGUUGCUGGAAUUCACUGGUGGUACAAGGCAGAAAGCCAUGCUGCAGAGCUUACUUCGGGAUAUUACAAUAUAUACGGUAGAGAUGGAUACCGACCUAUAGCAAGGAUGCUCUCCCGACACAAUGCUAUUUUAAAUUUUACAUGUCUUGAAAUGAGAAAUUAUGAGCAAAAAGCCGAAGCCCAAAGUGGAGCCGAAGAGCUUGUUCAACAGGUCCUUAAUGGAGGGUGGGCGGAGAACCUUGAAGUUGCAGGGGAAAAUGCACUUUCAAGGUAUGACCGAGCAGCAUACAACCAAAUCCUUCUAAACGCAAGACCUAAUGGUGUUAACAAAAAGGGUCCUCCAAAAAUAAAGAUGUAUGGAGUGACAUACCUCCGUUUGUCAGAUCGGUUACUGGAGCAACACAAUUUUGAUAUAUUCAAAGCCUUUGUAAGAAAGAUGCAUGCUGAUUUGGAUUACUGUCCAGACCCAGAGAAGUACUACCAUUUCACGUUUCCUAUGGAGCGUUCAGGGCCAAGGAUUCCACUCGAGGUUCUUCUUGAAGCUACCAGACCAGUGGCGCUUUAUCAAUGGUAUAAACAAACAGACAUGGGCCUUAGUGAUGUUACUGGUUUUCUUGAUUAUAUGGUAGCUAUUAUAUUACGUAUAUUCAAGCUACUAAAGGUAAACUAAAAAAAGGAAACCACCAGAAGGAGAAGCAAGAUGUGAAAAGGAAGCUACAGUUUAUUAAAAGCCUGGUACACUGCCAUUCACCAUGUGGCGCUACGAAAUGGCUUCAGAUAUUUUGCUCCGUUGACUUUGCACGUUCUUUUGUAUUUACAAGCCUAUAUAAUACACCUUACCAAAUUGUACCAAAUAUUGACGUUAAUAAUGCUAUUUUAUUAUAAUUAUACU